GCAGGUGAUUCCGUGCAGUAUUCAAAGCGGGCUUCAUGUCACCUCUUAUACUAAGUCAUUCUUUACGCAAUUUGACUUGUUGCUUUUGGUGGUGGUUCGCAAGUAAUUGGCACUAAUUUGCGCGCAUAUCAAGCAGUCAUCUCACAUUUGUUUACGCUGACAAUACGCCUGCGCUUAAGCCGUCGCGCUGUGCCGCUGAGCUAACAGCUUAUAUUGUAACAUCGUUGGAAGUACGGGAAAAAUAAAAAUCGUUUCGAAUUAAGCAAGUGCGCCAACAUACAAACAUAUGUAACUACAUAAUAUAUUUACAUAACUUGCAAACUUUAUGUCAAAAUACAACAUUUGCCACAUUCGCCUUAAAAGCGUUUCUUAACGGUACAAUAAUCAAAGAAGAGUUUAAAGUUUUUGUGAUAAGCAUCAGUAUGUUGACUGAAAGUGAGAAUGCAAAUAACUUUUGGCUAUUGUGGUGUUUGUUAAUCGCCUGCGGAGCCGUGUGCCAAAGCGCAGGAGGUUCUCACAUCAGCGCCAGAUACAAGCCAAUGGCUGUGGAUUUGUUCGACCACGAGUUUAUUAGUGCCCCAGAUCCCUUGGGUUCCAAUGUAGAAGAUUGGGAUGAAAGUGAAACAGGAAUGGAUGAUCCGGAAACAAUGCCACGCCUCUUCCAAGGCGAUAUUGCUAUAGACCCGUACACUUAUAUAUCGCUUAGACUAGGCGUUAACCCCAUGAAGCAUCCAAAACGUCUGUGGCCGAACGCUACAAUCCCCUUCGAGAUCAGCCAUUUAUAUACAAACAACGAACGAAUGUCUAUAGAACGUGCCUUGCAAACGUUCAACGCUUUGACUUGUGUUAAUUUCGUACCAUAUGAUGGCGAAGAAGAGGAUUACGUACAUAUUACACCGCCCGUAGACGACGCACCGGCUGGGUGUUGGUCGUAUGUAGGAAAACGUGGUGGAGAACAAGUCGUGUCCCUACAACAACCAGACGAGAACAGUGCGCAUUGUUUCAGCAGUGAAGGCCGCAUCAUGCACGAGCUCAUGCAUGCAAUCGGAAUUUAUCACGAGCAGUCAAGAGCGGAUCGAGAUAAUUUUGUAAAAAUUCAUUGGGAAAAUAUUGUGCCCAAAUAUCGUAAAAAUUUUAAGUUAAUUUCAAAAAAGAAGGGCAAACAUGCAUUUGAUUAUGAUUAUAAUUCUGUAAUGCAUUACGGUGAAUUCUACUUUAGCAAAAAGAAGGGAGAGAAACCUACCAUGACACCACUACAGCCAGGAGUUCGUAUAGGGCAGCGGAAGACUAUCAGUAAAACAGACUGUUUGAAGAUCAACGAUUUGUAUGGUUGCUUGAACGGCAGACAUGCCAGAAUGUACAGAAGUUUUUGCAAUUUAUUGGGACUAUGAAAAUAUGCUCGAAAAAUAAUUAUUAUGAUGUUGUUAUCUCGAUAAUAUCUGAAUAGAUGACAUUCUAUUUUUUUUCUAGGCAUUAAUUGAAUUUAUUAAAUCAUAUUGAUUUGCAAAUAUACUAACCAAAAUUACUAUAACUCUUUGAUGGUUAAAUAAUUUUUAAGAUUUC